UCCGCAAGCGCUUGUUUCAAACUAACUUCCGGCCGCGCUCCAAACCAAAACAACGAAAGCGUUGUUUACUCAGCAUAAAGAUGACUGCAUGUUGCGUAUUUGAUGUCAUAAGAGGAUUAGCUCUUUUAGUUGGAUUAGCUGCAGGGUCAAAAUCUAAAAUAUCUGACCUUGUGUUUACAACAUGGAUAGCAUUAGGAAUGUUUCUCUUCCCCGAUUAUGUGGUUGGCUAUCAGAUUUCUGGGAAAACCGAUGGAUUAAUGAUCUUCUUCGUCAGAUGUACAGGUGCCAGUCAGUUAGCCAUGACCAUGUUUAUGUAUUUAACCAGGGAUACUCGUGAUGAGACAGUCAAAGGGGCCAUCUUGUGGGCAAGAACUCUUGGCACAGCUCCUAUGUUGAUGAUAAUGAUUUAUGGACAAGUCUACAAAACCAAGUUAUUUGGUCACGGUAACUUGUGGUUUUUCCUGCCAUUUUUUAUCAGUAUUUGGAUCUAUAAUGUUUACCAGAUGCACGCACCACCAGCAGCAGUUGGACGUAGAGAACAGAAGGGUUUUGUCAGCAUCCUGUUAAGAGUGUAUUUUCUUGUUUUGUUUGUAGAAGGCCUACAAGGCCUGGCAUUCCCAAACUCAGUCAUGUUUUUCAUGAAUACUACACCACAUUUCUUGCAUCAGCACUUUGUUCGUGUGUUGUGUGCAUCUGAUUUCUCAGCCAUAUUUCUUAUCUGGUAUGCACCAAGUUUUCUACGCGAUGAUGACAGGAAGGCUCUCUUCAUCUCCCAUCUGGCAGCAGCAGGACUUGCAACCCUCAGUCUUCUGGCUGCCUGCUUUGUUGACCAUGCUAUAGAAGUAUCACAGGUGUACUGGCUGCUCUUUUUCAUGACUCCCAUCCUAUUACCAGCUAUUGGACUUGGUCUGAUUCUACAGAAUGAACGUUCCAAGAAUGCAGCAUUUACACCCCAUUAUAAUUACUACACAAGAUCUUCUAAGGUGGAUUAAGAUAGCUUUGUAUCAUUUUGAGAAAAGAAUGUGUCUUUUGAUAUUAUGAUAAGUAUUUUUGGCUAAUGAAACACUUGCAUCAUAUGAAAUCAAGAACUUGAUGGAGUAUAUUUUUAACAUUAUGUAGCAAGGUCUAUUUUAAGAUGUAAAAUCCAGGAUUUUUUUUAAAACAUACAUAGCUGGUUAUUAACUUUUAUAGGAAACUAGGAAAGUAGGAAGGGUUUAUAUUAGUCUAUGAAGCAUAAUAACAAAUUUUAUUUCGAAUAAAUAUCAUGUAUUUUUUAUUGCUAAUGUUGACAUUAGUCUGUUAGUCUUCACAAGAUUAAUUAUUUGAAAAGACAAAAGUAGGAUUGCCAAAGUUGUUCAUGAAAAAAUAAGGAGAUGUGAUAUGUUGCCAAGUAGACAAUUAUCCAUUAAAGACUGAAGGAUAAAUAUGUGAACAAUAACAUAUCACUGUUCACCUUUAACAAUCAAUGACAAUAAGACAACCCAUACUGUAUGUAUAGUUAGCUAAAAAUGUCCCAGGAUGUCAAAAUGUGAAACAAUUAAAAACACUGAUGAAA